GUUGACUUUUCUUUGCUGUCCGUGCUUAACAGUCAAACCAUUUUAUUUGGAUUCUUUUUUUAUAAUUUACUCCCUUGUCAACUAAAUUGUUAAUAUGUGAACGGGCAUUUAAUAGUUUUAUUAUCUAAAUUUCAUUGUGUUCAUCGAUGUUUAAUAGAAAAUAGAUUGAAAAUCCAUCGUAUUACUUACGCUAAAAAAUUUUACUCACCUUACUACCAGCUGUUCUUAUUCGUUUUACUUUAAUUCUAACCUGCUCCAAUUGAUAGUUUUGUUUGACAUGAUUAAAACUUGAUUAAAAAGAUUCACAAUUCAUCAGAAAAACAGAGAAGUUUCAAAUAUCUAUAUCCUUGUCACCUCAUCUUGAGUUAUGCUGUGUUCAACAUGUUGAUGUGUUAUUGAUAUGGUCUUUCCUGUCCCUCGUCAUUUAUAGCUUUACAUUUUCUUUUGAUUGCACACAGUAUUAUUUAAAUGUGCUGUGAAAAUAUCAUCCAUAAUAUUACUAAAACUCAAGCAUAAUCUGUAUUUUAUCCAUCUUGAAUCAUCUAUCCUGUUAUUUACAUCAUAUAUUCUUUUGGAAAUUUGAUUUACAUCAUCAUCACAACUGGCUACUUACGAUAGCUCAACAACAAAGCCAUCUUCUUCAUCAUGGACUCUGAAGAAGAUGGCAAAAAAGGUGGAAAACCACCAGCAUUUGUCCCCCAAAACGUUUAAUGUCGCAGUUGUUGGUCUUUCAGGAUCUGAAAAAGAGAAAGGAUGUAUGGGUGUUGGAAAAUCAUGUCUGUGCAAUCGUUUUGUCCGACCAUUUGCUGAUGACUAUCAUACAGAUCACAUAUCGGUUCUCAGUCAAACAGAUUUUAGUGGACGAGUCGUAAACAAUGACCACUGGCUUUAUUGGGGAGAAGUGACAAAACUGGUCGAUGAAGGAGCAGAAGUAACCUUCAGUGUGAUUGAGCAAACCGAAUUCAUUGAUGAUUCCUGCUUUCAACCUUUCAAGACUGGAAAAACUGAGCCAUAUUAUAAAAGAUGUGCAGCAACUCGAUUAUGCUCGGCUGAAAAAUUGAUGUACAUCUGUAAAAAUCAACUAGGAAUAGAAAAGGAAUACGAACAAAAAUAUCUUAAUGAUGGACGAUUUCUAGUUGACGCUUUUGUUUGUGUUUUUGAUGUUAGUGAGGUACAAGGAAGAAGUUUGGACAAAGCUAUCGAGUAUACUGGACUAAUAUUGAACAAUCUCAUCAAAACCAAGAAACCAGUUGUUUUGGUAACAACUAAACACGAUGAAGCAAAUGAAUUUUAUUUGAGAGAGGCUGAAAAGUUGGUCAAUAGGAAAGAAUUCCGAGGGAUCGUGCCUAUUGUUGAAACCUCGGCUCAUGAUAAUGUUAAUGUUGAUAAUGCAUUCAUUACUUGCCUCCAAUUAUUGGAUCGUAAUAGACGUGGUGGACUAAAGAUUGUGCCCUACUAUGACGCUCUUAGAGAACGUAAAGCAAUUCUUGAUAUUGCCCAUGAUGCUUAUCAAUCACUCAUUCGAAACCAAAUAACAGAUUAUAGAGCUUUAUGGAACCCAGCAUUUAAAAAAUUAUCUCAAUCUUCGGAAUUUCUUCAUUAUUGUGAUUUGUUCGGACAAGAAAAUGCUCAUAAAUCCUUUAAAAGGCAUGUUAAAAAACUCAAAGAUGAUUAUCUCUCAAGAAAAAUGCAAACCUACCUUCGUCUUCUUCCAGUGGUGCUUGGUGAAAUGUUACCUGAUAUUGAUAGUAUGGGAGAAAACUGUGAUUGGAACUCUGCUAAAAUUAAAUUACGAACUCAUCCAGACUUUGACCGUUAUUUUAUCAAUAAUCUUGAUCAACCUUGGCAUGAAUUGGAUGUUGAAAGUACAGAAUCAAGAAUACCCUUUGACCUGUUGAAUACUCAUGAAGCUGAAAUAUGUUUCAGAGAACAUAGAGCAUCUCUUGAAUCAGAAGAUCGACGAAAAGAAUUGAAACACCAGUUUUCACAAUUACUCGCUGAAACUGGUUAUGUUACUCCUGGUAAAUCAUUCAAUGAAGUACGAAUACUUUUCAUGGGUCGUGAGUGUUACGAAUCUCUCAGCGAACAAGAUCUCUACGAAAUAUACUCUGAACAUCAGCGCAGUUUAACAGAACGUGCCAAACUUGCCUUUCAAGAACUUCUUUUAGAAAAUUCCGAACUUUUUUAUCAUUUUGCUGCUAUCAGCCCUGGUAAUGCAAUUACACAAAACGACAUUUUCAAAAUAAACGAAGCAAUAAAAGAAGAUAUCAGAUACAAAGCUCUUGAUAGGUUAGAACAAGAGAGAACACUCAUGUUACUUCGUCAUCUUGGUUUCAUUCAUGGCCCUAUUCGGGAACAUUGUCCAACUUAUCCUGAUUGCAUGGAUGUAUUGAUAGAAAAAUUUGUUGCCACUCAACCAAGUCGACCCCCGCCGUUCCUCAGAUACUCUCAAUGGAUCCCAAACUCUGACAAUACUAAUCUUAAAAUUGUCAUCCUUGGAUCUGGUGGUUUAGCAGAAGACUUAUCAUCAGCCAUCAAGAAAAUAAACGAAUCUUUUGAAUAUGAGAAAAUCCGUUAUACAUUAGAUUUCAGAAUCAUUGAUGGGGAUGUUGAUCUGCCUGAAUACUCUUUCCAAGCCAAUGAUUUUGUGCCACAAGGAUUGUUCUGUGUCUACUCUAAUCAUCAGACGCUUGAAUAUAUACGCGAUUCAAUGGAGAAAACAUUACUCUCUAAUUUAGAAGCAGAUGAUCGGUUACCAUUCCAUGGUUUACCGAUGGUAAUCUUGUUUGCUGCAGACUCAAAUAUUAAUGAAAAAGAUAUCAUAUUUCUUCGUGAAGAGGGACAAAAUCGUGCCAAGAGCUUACAGUGUCCAUUUAUUGAUAUAACUCAUCUAAUGUCCAGUUCUUCGCAAUCCCUUGAAGAGGUUGAUGAUGAUGAGGAGACAAUGUUUGAUAAGAAUAGCGUAAGGAGUGCCUUGUCUGCUCUUAUUGAAAGUAUUCAACGUCGAGUUGGAUUAAUACAAAUUUACCAAUCAUUGCCUGAGCAAUCAAUGAUUACACCUGAUCUUCGUAUUCUCAUGUGUCUAUUUUGCGGAGAUCCCUAUUCAAUAGAGAAGGCUGUGAAUCCCUUUUUGAGUCAUAAUUUGUGUUUUGUUACUUCAAUUAACUCACUUAUUACUGAUGUUACCUUCAAUGAUGGUAACAAACUGGUUGAAUUUAUUCUCACCUCCUACCAUGGUGCUGGUGCUUAUCGUGAUGAACUUCUCCAUGGUUUCAUUUUAAUCUAUUCAACCCACAGAAAAUCAUCUUUAAAUACUUUAAGCGCUUUUUCCAACAACAUUCCAAAUACACCGACACAAAUUGUAGCCGUUAUCGAUAAUGAUAAUCCAACAUCAGCAUCACUUGCUGCCUCAUCAACACCCGCUGAAGUUUAUUAUUCCAAUACUGAUCUCUCAACUCAACUAAUUGAAGAAGGAAAUACUCUGGCUGAAAAAUUGGCUGUUCAUUUUAUUACAUUAACAUCUCCCUCUGCUGUACCCAAAGCAUCCGAUUUCAUACCCUUUUUUAUGGAAGCAUGGGACCGUAAACCACAAAUUGAAAAAGCUUUUGAGCUUGAUGAGACAGAUUUUUUCAUGGAACAACGAUCACCACCUCCACCUCCAAUACCACCUCCGAUACCAUCGCGUCAAGAGUCUUAUAAUAUACCUAAAGGAUCGCUUUCUACUUUGGCCAGUCUCACCACUUCAAAUAAUACUGCUACCAAUACGACAAAUACUUCAUCGACCAACAAUGAACCAUUAGAUUAUGGACAAGACUCGGAAGGUAUUUACGAACAACUACAAUCAGAUCGAAAAUCAAUUGAAAAUGAUAAUGCACCUAUAAACACUUACGGAGUUCGAGUGGCCAGUGAUGAUAGUGAAAUCUAUUCAACAGUUUUCAAUCAAGAUAAUGACCAUGAAUUGGUAAAACCAUCUCAGAUCAAGAAUAAAAAUUUACAAUCCGCUUCCCCACCACCUUCAUACAUAAGUAACUUCAGCUCAUCUCGAGCACCACUCUAUCAACAACAUCAACGGACAAUGUACCAUUCAGGAGCUAAUAUAUCCUCUAAUGAAGGUGCCAGUCCAUCAUCUUUAUUUGCCACAGGACGUCGACAAUCAGCUGGUCUACCCAAUGAACGAUCAACCUUCUUAAUGCAUCAAUAUCAUCUUAAAAAGUCCAAUAGUCUAAAAACUGGAAAUCUCCUUCAACCUAAUGAUAAUAGAUCCAGAUUACAUGAUGAGAUUGAAGUAUCCGAUGAGAUUACUGAUGAUGAUGAUGAUACUGUUUCAUCUGGACUCAGUGGUUAUGGAGCUUAUCCACCUCCACCCGAACCAGCCCCACCUGAUCUUCCUCCUCCAAAUAGAUUGAGGAAAGCUCCUUCACUCCCUGUUUCAGGUCACAUUUUAGGCCAAAAAAGUUUUGAUGAUGCAGGCUGGAUGGAAGCUUAUGAUCGUAGUCAACUUGGAGAUGAAUAUUUAGACAAUGAAGCAGCCUCACAGGGCUACUUAUAUGACCCUCUCAAAGGCCCUCCGCCUUUAAAGCCAAAGCCUCUCAAAUCUAAGCCUGGUAAAAUCAAUUUAAAACAAUUCGAUAAUAUUACGGAUGCCGUUGGUCGUAUGAAUUUAUCAUCUGUUUCUGAUAAACGAAUGUUGGUCAAAAAUCGUGGUCAAUCUGCACCUUCAGAAUCACUCGAUCUUUCACUGGAAUACUCUAAAGCCAAAGAUGUUUAUCAGGAUCGCCAUGUUUAUCCUUAUGGAGUUUUCCCAGGAUCCGAUGGAAAACCUCACAAAAUUCGUUCCCUUGCUAGACGAGCAAAAGACUCUUCUUUCGAAAAAGGCUCUGAUUCUGAUAGUGAUUGGAGUUCACUUGAACGUCUCCAGCGAGAUCCUUAUAAUCGUUCAAGUCGCAAAACCAGUUCUCAUAAAAAAAUGCGUAAAAAGCGAGGAAUACCCGUGGCACCUCCGCGAUUACCCUCUUUCGAGGGGCCAAAUAAUCUUCCAUCAGGUGGCCAACACAGCAACAGUACUACCAACAUUGCUGCAGCCAUACAAGGCACUGUUGCUACUCCUCCUCGGCUAUUAGGUCCCACCUCUCUUGAUGUUUAUGAUCCAGCUCGAGUUGCUAGUUUCAAUAGUCCACCGAUAACUGACAAUUCAGGUGAAGAUGAAAUGUCUCUUGAAUCUCAUUUAUUGAACAGUAGCCUUUUAAAGUCUUUUGGUAACGAUGAAAUUAGUUUGGAUAACAUUAUUAGUAACAAUCCACUUGUUGCGAGCACUUCAAACAUCAUUUCAACCAGAGAUGAUUAUGUUAGCGAAAUGGGCAGAAAUAAGAAUAAGCGAUCUUUCCAUUUAUCUCGUCGUCGUGCCAAACCUGUUCAAUCUCAUUCCAUUCCUGAAACUUAUACAGGUUCACCUCAAUCUCCACCAGAAAAUCUUAGUUACAAUCAAUCAUAUUCGUUUAUACGAUCAUCUGAUGCAAUUUUCACUUUUGGUGCUCAUCUACCAUACUCUUCGUCUUCAUCCAAAUUGAAAAUAGACCCAUUGGCUUGUCUCCAUGCUCAACCUGAAGAAGAUUUUGAUUUAUCCUCCAACGAUGCGGCCAUUAAACAACUUGGAAUGGUUUUAAAGAGUAAAUCAGCCUCCGUUGUGAAUGACAUUGAAAGGCUAAAUAAGGAAAGACGAGAAAAAGAAAAGAAAAAGUUAAGAGAAGAAGAAAAGAAUGAAAAGCGCCGUUUAAAGGAAGAAGAAAGACAACGUCGAAAUGCGGAGAAGAAGAAAAAGAAACAGGUCAAGUCCAAUUCGAGUAGUUCUGGGCCAGUUUUAGAGGAAUUUGCUCAAUCUGAAACAAAUGCAAUCCCUUUGUUUGUAGAAAAAUGUAUUUAUUUCAUCGAAGAGGAAGGCCUUGAUUCAGAAGGAAUUUAUCGAGUUCCUGGCAACAGAGCUCAUGUUGACUUAUUAUUUCAUAAAUUUGACGAAGAUCCCAAUGUGUCCAUCAAAGAACUGGAUAUUCCAGUUAAUGCCGUUGCCACUGCAUUGAAGGAUUUCUUUUCAAAACGUCUUCCCCAGUUGAUUCCAAGUUAUUUAAUGGAUGAACUUACCGAUGUUGUCUCUCGAAUACCUGAUAGAAAAGAAAGGCUUAUCGCCUUGCAAGAGCUUAUUCGUAAAUUACCUUUAGCGAACUUUGAGAUUCUCAAAUUUGUGUUUCGUCAUUUUGUCAAAGUGACUGAAAAUAGUCGAUUAAAUAGUAUGGAUAGUAAAAAUUUGGCAAUUUGUUGGUGGCCCACAUUAUUGCCCUUUGAAUUCAAUGAUAUGCUGAUGUUUGAAAGGAUGAGACCACAUUUGGAGGAAUCGGUGCAAACAAUGAUUGAUCAGUUUGAAUAUAUUUUCUGUAAUGAAGAGGAACGCGUUCUUAUUAUUUGAACCAUUUAAAGAGCGACACUAAAGCAUUUAUAAUAAUCUAAAUUCAAGAGACAAGAGAGAUUAAGGAAAAAAAAGGAAAAGAUGAAAAGUCAAAGGAAUCAAAGGAAUCACAAGGAACAAUUGAAUUUUUUUAUAAAAGAGCAUUUAAAGAUAGUCCUAAUUCAUUGAACUCCUUAGAAUACAUUUACUUGGAAAUGAAAUCCUCAAUGACGAUGAACAAAUUUUAGUUAGAUAAUUAUUUGAAUCUCAACCUUUUAUUGCAUUUCAUUUUUUUCUUUUCCUCUCUUUUCCUGUAAGCAUUUUUUUGGUAUGCAUUUAAUUUGGAACCUUAAAUUGCUUCAAAUCUUGAUAUUAACAGUUGCAUAAUUAAGAAAGAGGAGAGAAAUUUAACUCUCGUUAUUGAUCACUAGUCAUCAUUUAAUUAUGAUGUGGAAGAGUUAACUUGAUCUGAGUCUUUUACAUCAAACACCAAUUGGAAGCAAUCAAAAAAAAUCUAAAAUUAUAAAUAUAUAUUCACCAAAUUGUCAUUACCAAAAAAAUCAAAUUGAUCCCAAGGCCCUGAAUAAAUUUAAAACAAUUAUAAAGACAAUUUACUGAUAAUACAAAUAAGUUUAAACACACA